CGCGCGGCCGUAGACAGGCGCCGCGCGGGAGUGUGUUAGGGGCGCGGGCUUGUGGGACUGAGGCUGCAGACGGCGGUCAUGGGAGCGGGCUGGCGGCGGCAGUAGUUGUCGGAGCCUGGGCUUCAGCUUCCCCGAGCCCCAGAGGGCGGGACAGUCCCGGCCCGGCGGUGGCGGCGCCACUUCCCCGCUCCCGCCCUCGGAGUCCUGGGGGAGCUCGCGGCGGAGGAGCGGACCGGGCGGCGCGAAUCUGACUGAGGGGCGGGGACGCCGUCUGUUCCUCGCCGUUCUCGGCCGGGCCGGACCGGCCUCUCCGACACCCCCAGGCCCCGGGGCGCUGAGACACGAAACCGGAGCUCGAGGCGGGCGGUGGGCCCGGGCGGAGCCCCGGCCGGAGCCGGCGGUUCGAGGGCGGCGCUAGGCCCCGAGGCGGCAGGGCCGGAGCGCGGGGAGCGGGGUGCGGGCCCGGCGGCGGCGGCGGCAUGAGCCGGCCCCCGCCGACGGGGAAGAUGCCCGGCGCCCCCGAGGCCGUGUCGGGGGACGGCGCGGGCGUGAGCCGCCAGAGGAAGCUGGAGGCGCUCAUCCGAGACCCUCGGUCGCCCAUCAACGUGGAGAGCUUGCUGGAUGGCUUAAAUUCCUUGGUCCUUGAUUUGGAUUUCCCUGCUUUGAGGAAAAACAAAAAUAUAGAUAAUUUCUUAAAUAGAUAUGAGAAAAUUGUGAAAAAGAUCAGAGGUCUACAGAUGAAGGCAGAAGACUAUGAUGUUGUAAAAGUUAUUGGAAGAGGUGCUUUUGGUGAAGUCCAGUUGGUUCGUCAUAAGGCAUCACAGAAAGUUUAUGCUAUGAAGCUUCUUAGUAAGUUUGAAAUGAUAAAAAGGUCAGAUUCUGCUUUUUUCUGGGAGGAACGAGAUAUUAUGGCCUUUGCCAACAGUCCCUGGGUGGUUCAGCUCUUUUGUGCCUUUCAAGAUGAUAAGUAUCUGUACAUGGUAAUGGAGUACAUGCCUGGUGGAGACCUUGUAAACCUUAUGAGUAACUAUGAUGUACCUGAAAAAUGGGCCAAAUUUUAUACUGCUGAAGUUGUUCUUGCUUUGGAUGCCAUACACUCCAUGGGUUUAAUUCACAGAGAUGUGAAGCCUGACAACAUGCUCUUGGAUAAACAUGGACAUCUAAAAUUAGCAGAUUUUGGCACAUGUAUGAAGAUGGAUGAAACAGGCAUGGUGCAUUGUGAUACAGCAGUUGGAACACCUGAUUAUAUAUCACCUGAGGUCCUGAAAUCACAAGGGGGUGAUGGUUACUAUGGGCGAGAAUGUGAUUGGUGGUCUGUGGGUGUUUUCCUUUUUGAGAUGCUGGUGGGGGAUACUCCAUUUUAUGCAGAUUCACUGGUAGGAACAUAUAGCAAAAUUAUGGAUCAUAAAAACUCACUAUGUUUCCCUGAAGAUGCAGAAAUUUCUAAACAUGCGAAGAAUCUCAUCUGUGCCUUCUUAACAGAUAGGGAGGUACGACUUGGAAGAAAUGGGGUAGAAGAAAUCAAACAACAUCCUUUCUUUAAGAAUGAUCAGUGGAAUUGGGAUAACAUAAGAGAGACGGCAGCUCCUGUGGUACCUGAACUCAGCAGUGACAUAGACAGCAGCAAUUUUGAUGACAUUGAAGAUGAUAAAGGAGAUGUAGAAACCUUCCCAAUUCCUAAAGCUUUUGUGGGAAAUCAGCUGCCUUUUAUAGGAUUUACCUACUAUAGAGAAAAUUUGUUAUUAAGUGACUCUCCAUCUUGUAAAGAAAAUGAUAUGAUACAAUCAAGGAAAAACGAAGAGAGUCAAGAGAUUCAGAAAAAACUAUACACAUUAGAAGAACACCUUAGCAGUGAGAUACAAGCCAAAGAGGAACUAGAGCACAAGUGCAAAUCUGUUAAUACUCGCCUAGAGAAAGUAGCAAAGGAGCUAGAAGAAGAGAUUACCUUAAGGAAAAAUGUGGAAUCAGCAUUAAGACAAUUAGAAAGAGAAAAGGCACUUCUUCAGCACAAAAAUGCAGAAUAUCAGCGGAAAGCUGAUCAAGAAGCAGACAAGAAGCGAAAUUUGGAGAAUGAUGUUAACAGUUUAAAAGAUCAACUUGAAGAUUUGAAAAAAAGAAAUCAGAACUCUCAAAUAUCCACUGAGAAAGUGAAUCAACUCCAGAGACAACUGGAUGAAACCAAUACUUUGCUGCGAACAGAAUCUGAUACUGCAGCCCGGUUAAGGAAAACCCAGGCAGAAAAUUCAAAACAGAUUCAACAGCUGGAAUCUAACAAUAGAGAUCUGCAAGAUAAAAAUUGUCUGCUGGAGACUGCCAAGUUAAAACUUGAAAAGGAAUUUAUCAAUCUUCAGUCAGUUCUAGAAUCUGAAAGGAGGGACCGAACCCAUGGAUCAGAGAUUAUUAAUGAUUUACAAGGUAGAAUAUCUGGCCUAGAAGAAGAUUUAAAGAAUGGCAAAAUCUUAUUAGCAAAAGUAGAGAUUGAGAAGAGACAACUACAGGAGAGAUUUACUGAUUUGGAAAAGGAGAAGAACAACAUGGAAAUAGAUAUGACAUACCAACUAAAAGUUAUACAGCAGAGCUUAGAACAAGAAGAGGCUGAACAUAAGGCUACAAAAGCACGGCUGGCAGAUAAAAAUAAGAUUUAUGAAUCCAUUGAAGAAGCUAAAUCAGAAGCCAUGAAAGAAAUGGAGAAAAAGCUCUUGGAGGAAAGAACUUUAAAACAGAAAGUAGAGAACUUGUUGCUGGAGGCUGAGAAAAGAUGCUCUAUAUUAGACUGUGACCUCAAACAGUCACAGCAGAAAAUAAACGAACUCCUCAAACAGAAAGAUGUGCUAAAUGAGGAUGUUAGAAACUUGACAUUAAAAAUAGAGCAGGAAACUCAGAAGCGCUGCCUUACACAAAAUGACUUGAAGAUGCAAACACAGCAAGUUAACACACUAAAAAUGUCAGAAAAGCAGUUGAAGCAAGAGAAUAAUCAUCUCCUAGAAAUGAAAAUGAGCUUGGAAAAACAGAAUGCUGAACUUCGAAAAGAACGUCAGGAUGCAGAUGGGCAAAUGAAAGAGCUCCAAGAUCAGCUUGAAGCAGAGCAGUAUUUCUCAACCCUCUAUAAAACACAGGUUAGGGAACUUAAAGAAGAAUGUGAAGAAAAGACCAAACUUUGUAAAGAAUUACAGCAGAAGAAACAGGAAUUACAGGAUGAAAGGGACUCCUUGGCUGCUCAACUGGAGAUUACCUUAACCAAAGCAGAUUCUGAGCAGCUGGCUCGCUCAAUUGCUGAAGAACAAUAUUCUGAUUUGGAAAAAGAGAAAAUCAUGAAAGAGCUGGAGAUCAAAGAGAUGAUGGCUAGACACAAACAGGAACUCACUGAAAAAGAUGCUACAAUUGCGUCUCUCGAAGAAACUAAUAGGACACUGACUAGUGAUGUUGCCAAUCUUGCAAAUGAGAAAGAAGAAUUAAAUAACAAAUGGAAAGAUGCCCAAGAGCAACUAUCAAGGUUGAAGGAUGAAGAGAUAAGUGCCGCAGCUAUUAAAGCACAGUUUGAGAAGCAACUGUUAACAGAGAGAACACUCAAAACUCAAGCUGUGAAUAAAUUGGCUGAGAUCAUGAAUCGGAAAGAACCUGUCAAGCGUGGUAGUGACACAGAUGUGCGGAGAAAAGAAAAGGAGAAUAGAAAGCUACAUAUGGAGCUUAAAUCUGAACGUGAAAAACUGACUCAGCAGAUGAUCAAGUAUCAGAAAGAACUGAAUGAAAUGCAGGCUCAAAUAGCUGAAGAGAGUCAGAUUCGAAUUGAACUACAGAUGACACUGGACAGUAAAGACAGUGACAUUGAGCAGUUGCGGUCCCAGCUCCAGGCCUUGCAUAUUGGUCUGGAUAGUUCCAGUAUAGGCAGUGGACCAGGGGAUGCUGAAGCAGAUGAUGGGUUUCCAGAAUCAAGACUAGAAGGAUGGCUUUCAUUGCCUGUGCGAAACAACACUAAGAAAUUUGGAUGGGUUAAAAAGUAUGUGAUUGUAAGCAGUAAGAAGAUCCUUUUCUAUGACAGUGAACAGGAUAAAGAACAAUCGAAUCCUUACAUGGUUUUAGAUAUAGACAAGUUAUUUCAUGUCCGACCAGUUACACAGACAGAUGUAUAUAGAGCAGAUGCUAAAGAAAUUCCAAGGAUAUUCCAGAUCCUGUAUGCCAAUGAAGGGGAAAGUAAGAAGGAACAAGAAUUUCCAGUGGAGCCGGUGGGAGAAAAGUCAAAUUACAUUUGCCACAAGGGACAUGAAUUUAUUCCUACUCUGUAUCAUUUCCCAACCAAUUGCGAGGCAUGUAUGAAGCCACUGUGGCACAUGUUUAAACCUCCCCCUGCCUUAGAGUGCCGUCGCUGUCACAUUAAAUGUCACAAAGAUCACAUGGAUAAAAAGGAGGAACUCAUAGCACCUUGCAAAGUCUAUUACGACAUUUCAUCGGCAAAGAAUCUGUUGUUAUUAGCAAACUCUACAGAAGAGCAGCAGAAGUGGGUUAGUCGGUUAGUGAAAAAGAUACCUAAAAAGCCUCCAGCUCCAGACCCUUUUGCACGGUCAUCUCCUAGAACUUCAAUGAAAAUACAACAAAACCAGUCUAUUAGGCGGCCAAGUCGACAGCUUGCCCCAAACAAACCAAGCUAACUGCCUUCUAUGAAUGCAGUCAUUAUUCAAGGUGAUCAUAUUCUUACAGUUGAAACAAGACUGAAAUAUGAUGGCCCAAAAUUUAUUAAAAAGCUAUAUUUUCCUGAGAGACCGAUACACACAUAUAUGUUCCCUUUAUUCUGCAAUAUAAAUUCUAAAUGUUGGAUAGAUUUUUCUGGGCUCCUUUGGAGCAACAAGUUGAACCAACAGUGAUUGGUUAAUAGAGUAAGAAUAUCAUGUGAAACUCUUCCAGACUUGUUCCAUAAAGCUCUCUUAGCAUCACUCACACUACAUUGAAUAAAAGGAUUGAGAAGAGUUAAAGAAAUCAUCUUUUCAGCUUCAGCAGAGAGAUUUCACCAGCACAUUUGCCAGAAGAAUCUGGGAAUGGAUUCCACUACAGUGAUAUAGACUGCAUCUUUAAGAAGUGACCAUUAUACUGUGUGUGUGUGUGUGUGUGUAUGUAUAUAUACACAUGCGCGCGCGCACACACACAUCUAUAUAGUACUGUAAUACUGCAAGAGGGUUUUUUUAACUUCCCACUUUAUUUUUUUAUAAACAUUAAUCAGAUAUCAUUACUUACUGCAGUUGCAACUAUGCAUUUGUAUAAAGCCAUAAUGGAGUUUAUAUCACUCAUUUGUGUGUACCUGAUGGAAACUGCAUGUUCAUGUUUAAGCAGUUACUGUAACAAGAAGUUUGAAGUUAAUUAUAUCACUUUCCUAAUGCUUCAUAAUAGGCAACUUUACCCAUUUUGAAUGCCUUAAUUUAAUUUUUUUCAAAAUCUCCACCCUUUUCUGUAUUUAAAAAAAAAAAAAAAGAACAAGUGUUUACCAGCUCUUAGGAUGCAAAUUUGCUUUGCAGAAGAAAAAUAGUGCACUAUUUUUACACAUAAUAGUUAUCAAUGUCAGCCUAUUUUGAUUGUAUAAGAGAAUUUUUUUUUAAGUAUUGGUGAUAGAAACAGUAAUGGAUAGUAUUGGAACUAAUAUAUCUUUUAUGUAUAUCUAUUAUUCAUCCAACCCUUUUUACAGACCUCAGUAUUAGUGUGUGACUAUGAAAUGUUUUCUUUUAAUUUCCUGGCUACCCUAGGUAUGUUUUUAUUUCUGAUAAAGAUAUUUGUGACUAUUUUUACAUUUUCACACUCAAGAUUCAAAAAUUAUCUCAAAUACAAAGAAAACUAAGACAUACUGUAGAUAUAUUUUAAAUAUUUAAAUGUGAUCCCUUAAACACACAACUGUGUAUGGCAAUAUUUCAGUAUUGGGUUAAGAAAACUGGUGACUGGGAAGAAGUUGCCUCAAAGGCACUUAACUUGAUUUUUAUUUUUUUAAAUGCUGUUAAAGUUAACAGUUUAUGCAGGACUAUUCCUGCUUUAUUUCUCAUUAUCCCAGAAAAGGGUAUGUUUUAUACUGCUACAGUGUACAUCAGUAAGAAUCAAGUUUAAAAAAAUUAUGUAGGGCUUCCCUGGUGGCGCAGUGUUUGAGAGUCCGCCUGCCGAUGCAGGGGACGCGGGUUCAUGCCCCGGUCCGGGAAGAUCUCACGUGCCGCGGAGCGGCUGGGUCCGUGAGCCAUGGCCGCUGAGCCUGCGCGUCCGGAGCCUGUGCUCCGCAACGUGAGAGGCCACAGCAGUGAGAGGCCCGUGUACCGCAAAAAAAACCCCAAAAAACAAAACAAACAAAAAAAUUAUGUAGUCUUUUAUCAGUCUUUCUUUAUAUACAUACACAUACGCAGAGUUUGGUGUGAUAUUGAAAUACAUCAUCUAAUAUUUCUAUGAAGGAAGUAGACAUUUUUCAUUGAUUCCUUCCGGGAUCAGUGUAGGGUGUUUAAAGAGUUAGAUCCCCAAUUAUAGAUACUAUUGUGGAAAUUGAAGAGUGGCCUUUGGCUACUGAUGUUUUGAAACUGAAUCUUGUUAUUACAUUAUCCAGGCUGCACUCUUUCAUGCUGUCUGUGCUAAAACUAGAUAUGCAUGCCAUUUCCCUUGCAGGUAUGUUCUGGUUUGGGGGCACAGCUCUUUCUUUCUUUUUUUUUAAGUAAGAUUAAAAAAUGAAAAAUAUAUAAAAUUUAUAUAGAAUAAAUAUUUCCAUUCAUUAGACUUGUUAAAAGGAGACUGAAUUAAUAUUUUAUAUAAAGAUUUUGUUACACUAUGGGAGGCUCUAUCAUAUUAUUCUGAAUUGGAGAGUAUAUAUAUAUAUAUAUAUAUAUAUUUUUAAUAAACUUUAUUAAGGUGAAAUAAUUUGAAGUUUACACAUGAGUAAUUGAAAUAUUUGAGUAAAAAUGGCAAAAGUUUAAAUUUUGAAUGCUGUAUAUAUUAAAGAAUAUGGAGAAUCAUGGUGUGAUGCAACUAUACGAGGAAAAUUAAUGUGAAGUUUUUUGGGGGGGAAAAAGAUAUCCUAAGGGGCGAAAAAAAUCUCUCCAUGAAGAUUCUUCACAUUAUAUGGUUUGACAUAAGGAUUUAUAAGGUUGUUUGUUCAACUAAUGGAAAUGUGCUUAAUAAAAAAUUCUGACCUUG